GAUUCCAUCCAUGCCGCGGCGCCCGCGUCCACUGGUGUCGCGUCGCGCUGCACGCAUCGGUGGUGCCAAGGUGGCGACCUGACGCCUACAAGGAGGCGUCCGCGCCGCGCCUUUCCCAGCUUCUGCGCGCGGCGAGAUAGGGAGGAGGCGGAGCCGCGGAGGAGAGAGAUGGACCCGGAGAAGCAGCGCCAGCACGACGGCGCGGUGGAGGCGGACAUCGAGCGGCUCCCCGUCGACCUCCUCGCUCACAUCCUCUCCCUCCUGUCGCCCUUCCGCGACCUGUCCAUGGCGGGGGGAGUGAGCCGGAGGUGGCGCUGGGCGGUGGAGCGGUCGCUGGCGUCGCGGCGGCGGCUGAGCUUCGCGGGCCAGCGCACCGGCGACGACACCGCCGCGCGCCUCGUCCGCGCCGCCGUCAACCUCCGCGACCUCGACAUGUGAGUUCACCGGCCCCCCAUCCCAUGCCCCAUCUCUCGCUCCGGCCGCUCACCAGAAAGUUCAACCCGUUCUUCCUAACGCUGUCUGUCUGCCCGUUGUUGGAGUUCACGAAGCUGCUGGGGCUGCCGAAUCACCGACGAUGGCCUCAUCAAGAUUUCGUCCGCGGAUUGCGUCGGCAACCUGACGUCCAUAUCGCUCUGGGGAUUGGCCGGGAUCACCGAUAAGGGCGUGGUCCGUCUGGUUUCGAGGGCUUAUUCUCUGCAGCACCUCAAUAUCGGUGGAACGUUCAUCACAGAUGAAUCCCUCUACGCAGUCGCAAACAGCUGCGCAAAUCUUAAGAGCAUCAUCCUGUGGAGCUGCCGCCACGUGACGGAGGGCGGGCUGGUGGCGCUGGUGAACAAGUGCCGGCGGCUGGAGUGCAUCAACGUGGGCGGGAUGCGGGUCCCGCCGGAGAGCUUGGUGGGCCUGCUCUCCAUCAGCCCCGCCCUGGAGAUCAGGUCCACCGCACGCAUCCUCAACCUCAACCUCAACGCCGGGGUGCAGGUCUCCUGAUCUGUCACAAGGCCCAGAAGACAGUGCCACUGGAGAUCGACGACCAGGCUGCAGCCAAAGCGCAGAGAAGCAAACGCACCAAGAAGCCCAAUGCCAAGUACGUUGGAGGCCCAUGGGUGAACUAGGUCUAUUACUGUAGCACAUAAAUACUUGUCUGUAAUAAGUGAACGGCAGACUGGAACAUACCUGUUGGCGGCGGCUGGCUUGUUGCCUGUCCGGAUCCUCAUACGCCUGUGUUGAACCCUGAUCGGAGUAAAAUCCUACCACCACCAAUUGAUCCAAAAACAGAUUCCAGUCUCUGUGAUUGUGUUGCUAACAUCUGGUACCAGAGCCAAAUCUGGAUCCGCCCCACGGAUACCGGACGAGGUUGCAGACCAAGGGAGAAGAGAUGGCGCCACCGAAAGGAGAUGACCCGAUGUCUCAGAUCCUUGCUCGGAUUGAGGAAGGCAACCGGGAGACCCAUCGAAGGAUGGAGGAGAUGAAGGUGUCAAUGAGUGGGAUGGAAACGACGGUGCGAAGUGUGCUGAUGGAGCAAGGUGAAUUCCAGAAGUGGCACCCGGAAGUGGAGCACAAGGUGUCGCAGAUCGGGGAGGCGCUCGCGGCGAUUCAAGCCAAGGUGGAUCAAUUCGUACCUCCGACUGCGCGCGAGCAUCAUCAGGCGGAUGGUGCAUCGGGAGCCGCUCAUCUUGGUUUUUCCUCCACAGAGGCGAUGCACGGGCAAACAGGCCACCGCAAGGAUGAACCAUACCGGAGACCGGGUGCCAGGACCGAUGAGGUCCGAACACCCCCUCCGGUCAAAGGUACGGUUCCAAGCAAUACUCCACAUCAGUUUCGCUGGGAAUCGGAAGGGCGUCAGUCUAUGGGAGAGUGGUCUCAAGGGUCUGGUCUAGGGUCUGUAGGACCUAGCAUGAAUUUUCCUUUGUUUGAUGGUUCAAACCCUAAGCUCUGGAAGCAUAGAAGUGAGACCUAUUUCGAAUUUUAUCUGGUGCCUAGGGAGCGAUGGAUUAGGAUGUCGAUCAUGUACUUUGAAGGUCCUGCCGUGUUCUGGGUUCAGUCCAUGGAAGAUAAAAUCAGGGAGAUGAACUGGGAGGAGUUUUGUACCCACUUAGUCACACGUUUCGGGAGGGAUCAACAUAAUCUGCUGAUAAGACAAUUCUAUCACAUUAAACAGAUCACCUCUGUAGUGGACUAUGUAGAGCAGUUUGAUAUCUUAAUGCACCAGCUUUUAGCACACGAAAAUCAGCUUACAUCUUCCAUGAUCACUGCUAGAUUCAUUGAUGGGCUUAAGGAUGAGAUUAAAUCUGUAAUUCUUAUUCAGCGUCCGUCAGACUUGGAUACUGCUUGCUCCCUUGCUCUAUUGCAGGAGGAUGUGCUGAUCUGCACGGGAAGCAAGGAGAGUCGGAGGAUGGAGGGUGGAGGAUUUUCCAAACCAACCGGAAGAUUCAGUCCGGUGCCGGGAUCUAAUUCAAAUGUAAACGGUGGUCGGAAUGCUCAAUCCACAAAUGACCGCCGAGGUGGGACCACCAUGAACCCGAGAACAGAUGACGGUAAAUUGUCGGCACUGAAGGCCUACAGGAGGGCUAAGGGUCUGUGCUUCAAGUGUGGGGAAAGGUGGGGUCAGAGUCAUCGGUGUUCUGCCAAUGUCCCAUUACAUGUGGUGGAGGAGAUGUGGGCUAUGGCACAGGCAACUGAAGAAAGUGACGGCAAUGAGGAGUUGGAAAAUACUUAUGAAAACGAGGAAGACGCAGAGAUUCUAGCUAUAUCUGCAGCAGCGGUUAGUGGAGGCGAAGGCAAUCGAACAAUUCGGCUGCUAGCAUCUGUUUGUGGACAACAGGUGUUAAUUCUAGUGGACUCGGGUAGCUCUGGAAGUUUCAUGAGCAACAAGCUAAUGGGAACAAUAUCACCGGUGCAAAAAUUACCAAGGCCAAUUCGGGUGAAGGUAGCAGAUGGAAGGAUAUUGUGGAGUAAGCAUUGGGUUCCUAAUUGCAAGUGGCUCUGUGGGGGAAUAACAUUUCACAUGGAUUUGAAGGUGUUGCCACUCAGUGGAUACGACAUGAUAUUGGGAAUGGACUGGUUAGAAGGGUACAGUCCUAUGGCUGUGCAUUGGGCUGAAAAAUGGAUGAAGUUUUUACAUAAUGGAAAGGAAGUUCUUCUGCAAGGACUCAAACCUCAACUGGGAAGUUGCAGGCAGCUAUCAAGUACACAACUUAGAGGGUUGGUCAAACGGGACGUUGUGGAACAGCUGCUGGAAAUCCGAGUGGCAACCCAGACUGACAAUUCAGGAAUACCCCCGGUGAUUGAACAACUGGUGGGUCGUUAUCAGGACCUGUUCCAGAAACCAAAGGCAUUGCCACCAAAAAAGGUCCAUCGAUCACUCUAUCCCUCUAAUACCGGGUGCACUUCCAUUUCGGUUGAGGCCCUAUCGGUAUACCCCACAGCAAAAGUCUGAAAUCGAGAAACAGG